GGCGGCCGCCAUCUUGUUUCGCCGGCGCUCACGCCGGGCCUGGUGGUGGUGGGGGGGGGCGGUUCGGUGCCGGCGGCUCCGCGGACGAUGUUGGCCGCCCUUUGCGGCCGCCCGCCGCCGCCGGGCCUGGCGCGGCUGUUCGGGCCCUGCCGGUGGCUCUGCGCCUCUCGGGAGGCCCGCGGAGCUCCGGCUGCGGCGAUCUCCAGGCCAGAGGCCGGAACGCUUCGCUUCAUCCCGGCAACGGCCGCCAGAGGCCGCCGCCAUCCCGUGAGGAGACCGAGCGCGGGGCUGCCGUGGCGGGGAGAGGCCGCGGGGGGGCGGCUGCGGUGGGACAGCCCCGGGUCCGGGCCCGGUCGGGCCUUGGCGGCUGAACCCCGAUGGGAGCGGAGCGGCGGUGGGAGAGACCCCCCCGGGGCGGCGGUGGUGGCGCUCGGAGUGUUGGCUGCGUGCUUCGGGAGGGAGCGCAACGCCAAGGAUGCUCUGCUGGAAGCCGCGAGGAUCAACAACGUUUCGGAAGUCAACAGGUUACUGCAGGAGGGCACAGACGUGAACACGAGGCACCGGCUGGGCUGGACGGCUCUGAUGGUGGCGGCCAUCAGCAGGAAUUCCAGCGUGGUGAAGGCUCUGCUGGCGGCCAACGCAGAUCCCAACCUCGGGGACGACUUCAGCAGCGUCUAUGAGACCGCCAAGGAGAAAGGCCUCCAUUCUUUGGAAGUCCUUGUGACCCGGGAGGAUGAGUUCAACAACCGCCUGAACGUCCGCGCCAGCUUCCGCGGCUGCACAGCCCUGCACUACGCCGUGCUGGCCGACGACUACCUGAGCGUCAGGAUGCUGCUGGAGGCAGGUGCCAACCCCCUGCAGAAGAACGAGAUGGGGCACACGCCGCUGGAUUACGCCCGCGAGGGGGAGGUGAUGAACCUCCUGAAGGCAUCGGAGGCGAAGGUGAGCUGAGGUUCGCAGCGCAGCGCUUCUUCUGCACGGGGCCAAAGGUCCCCGGGGGGCGGCACCCGGUUGAGGUCGGAGCCGUGGCCCUCCAUCGAGGGGGGCGCUGAGCCCCAAUUUGCCCCCAGCUUUGGGGCUGGGAACGCUCAUCGCUGCCCUGGGAAGGAGAGCACAAGCGGCAGGUUGGAGUUUCGGCUUGCCUGCUGGAAACCUGAGGUUAAGAGAGCUCGGGAGGUGAUGGAUGCUGCAUCCAAGCGGCAGUGGUUGCACUGAGAAGAGAUUCAGACAGGAGGGCAAACCCGCCCCCCCACCCCCCCACCAGGACAGAG